AUGUCGACUCGCGAGGCUGAGAUGCUGGACUUUGCCGCUGCAGGCAAGUUGGAGCCCCUCGGCACCUGGAACACCUCUGCGACAGUGGCUGUGAGCGCUCACCCGCCCGCCCCGACCAUGUCUGCCCUUCUCCUUAGUGAACGCGAGUGCCGUAAGUUGGCCCGCCUCUUGGGGUCGGACGUGCUUGCACAAGGCAACGCGCCUGUAUCAGCUGCCCGGAGUCAGCUUCGACGCAAGACCACCAAAGGCAAAGCCACACCCAAGGCCAAGGGCAAGAGUGAACCUCAGAACACAGUCAAAGAUCGAGACCCGGCUCCGUCGAGCUCACGCGCCGCAGAACCAGCCGCAAAACCAGCCGCCAAGCGCAAGAACAAGCGUGCUACUGCACCCAAACACAAGUCACCGCCGCCCACGGCCUCCUGCAAGGAUGCCUUAUCUGUUGCACGUGGAAAUCUCUUCCAGCUCCGCCCCAUGGGGCGCAUUAAUCGUCGGGAUGGAUCUGGAGCCACCAGGUUGCUGCGCGCUGUCAAGAACAACAAUUUGGCUGCAACCAAGGAUGCGCUGAGCAAGGGUGCUGAUGUCAAUCUUGCAGACCACGAUGGCUUUUCCCCCUUGCAUGCAGCUACGCUUCCAGACAUUUGCGUGCUGCUACUCGAGGCCGGUGCUGACACCGGUGCUGCUGAGUCCAGCACCGGAAGCACGCCGUUGCACGUGGCCGUUCAGCUCGGCAAUGUGGGGGUAGUUCGAGCGCUGCUGGAGUACGGUGCUGACCCCAACGCCAAGACCCUCGGCCAGCCCGAUAGCCCACCCCCGGUCGCCUCACCGAGCCCAGUGGACCGUGAAGCAAGUCUCAGUCCUGCCCCGCGACUUGUUGACCCCCCACUAGCCUUGGCAUCUCAGCUGCCCGUGAUCGAGCGGCAACCACAACCACAGGAGAAAGUUUCUGGCCUACGCUCAGCCGUCAUAUUUGAAUGCCUCGUUCAAGAGGAGGAGUCUCUCCAGUAUCAAUGGUACCAAGGCACGCAAGCCCUGACGGACAAUGAAGCGGCCUGGGAUGGCUGUUCCGGAUCCAACAGCCGCAUGUUGAUCUUGCGUCGGUUACGAUCGGACAAAUGGAGGCAACGCGAACCAGGACCCCCGGGUCACCUGGCCCUUGGACCACUGCAUUGCGUUGUGGCUAAUCCACACGGCCGCGUAUCCACCAUGGCCGCUGACUUGAUUGUGCACGAAUCGCUGGAGGAGGUGGCAUAUUUGCUUCAUCGCAACUACGACGCUGCCCGGCGCAAGGCUAGUGCACGAGCGUGGUCGCGGUACAUCGCUCUCUCUCUCUCUCUCUCUCUCUCUCUCUCUCUCUCUCUCUCUCUCUCUCUCUCUCUCUCUCUCUCUCUCUCUCUCUCUCUCUCUCUCACACACACACACACACACACACGCACACGCACCUCGUUCUGCCAUUGUGUACGAACGCCUCCUGCACUUGAAGUGCCCUCUGUUUUAGCCAUGAACCGUGAGCCGACUGAUGAAGAGUUGGAGCCAUUUGAGCGGGCACAUGACAAGUUGACAGCGUGGUUCCAGAAUCAUGCUCGCAAUCUUGUGGACAACGCUGCCCAGUUUAGAGAGGUGGUGCAAGGAACGCUAGGUGUGGAUGUGUUAGUUGACCCCCGCGCCUAUGGGGUGGCUGGCUGGUCGGCGUACAAAACAGUAACAAUGGCAGCUCCCAGGCGUCCUUCCCAAGAGGAUCCUAGAAGGCAAGCCAUGCCCAGGCCCAUGUCUUUGGCACGUGGGCCCAGCUACAACACAAUGCACAUGGAGCGCCAGACCUUGUACGAGCAACCUUAUCAGGAUCCUCGGCCCUCGCGCCAGCAAACGUCCGAUCAUGGGCGCCAUCACCAAGAGCGCCGUCAGCCUUCGUCCGGUGCGAGCCAGUACGCGCCUGCGGAGCGCCGUGGUGCAUACACAGGCGUGGCGCACUCGCGGGAUCCUGCAACCUCACAACUGCCACCGCCACCGCCGCCACCGCCUCGUGUGCCCAGCAUGGGAUCAGAUCAUGGUCCACGUGAUCUUGAUCAUCGUGGCUCGGUGGAACCGAGUCGAGCGCCGCCCGUGGCGCCAGCAGCUCAGCGUGCCAAGCGCCGACCUGGACCUCCGGGCUACCGCGGCCCGGACCGACCAGCUGGCACGCAACCUGGCCCUCGGGCCCCUUCGCCCACUUCUUCUGACUCGGAACCACGGAGGAAAAAAACUCUUCGAGAGUAUCAGGAGGAGAUGCGACGUCGAGGCAACGGUGUUUCGUUUGAGUGACGUGCACUAUGCCAAUCGUGCCCCGUUCAUUGCCACC